GUAAAAUUCACCGAACGAAUUACUGAACAAUUAACUUCCUCUUUCUGUUUUGGUUUUGAUAAUAUAAAAUGGCAUCUAAACCACUACUUGAUGCGUCAAUAGACUUUGGGACCACCUACUCAGGAUGGGCCUGCUCAUUUCUGCAUGAAUUUGAAUCCGACGCAACAAAGGCAUUAGUGAAACACUGGCACUCCGGUUCAGGAACUUUGACAACCGAAAAGACUCCGACCGUUGUGUUAGUGAAACCAGACGGGAAAACACUUGAGGCGUUUGGCUACGAGGCUGAAAAUAGAUACAGGGAACUCACAGAUGAGGGUGAAUAUGAGGAGUACUACUACUUCAGAAGAUUCAAAAUGACGCUUCACAAAGCGUUAGGAGAAAAUCUUCAUAGAGGAAUCAUGCUUAAAGAUGAAAUGGGAAAAUCACUUCUUGCACUGGACGUAUUCGCGAUGGCUAUCGAGUACUUGGUAAAGGACAUGUAUGAAACUGGAAAAGAUAGAAUAACAGGACAUAUCAAGAAGUCAUAAGUGCACUGGGUACUUACAGUGCCUGCUAUUUGGACUGAUCCUGCCAAACAAUUCAUGAGAGAAGCCGCUGAAAAGGCUGGUAUUCCCUCGGACAAACUGAGCAUAUCGUUAGAGCCAGAGGCCGCAUCUUUAUUCUGCCGUUACCUUUCCGUGGAGAAAACGGUGAACAAGUGUGACGUGUCGAUAGCAGCAUUUCCUGCAAAAACAAGAUACAUGAUAUUAGAUGCUGGAGGAGGAACUAUUGAUAUUACUGUCCACGAAGUCGAGGACUCGAGAAAGGUCAAAGAGGUCAAGGCUGCAAGUGGAGGAGGGUGGGGUGGUAUUCUUGUUGAUAAAGCAUUUGAACACCUUGUCGAAGAUAUCGUUGGGAAAGAUAUUUACAAGAAAUUUAAAGAAAACGAAACUGAAGAUUGGUUAGAUUUAUGGAGAGAUUUUGAGGUUAAGAAAAGAACUGUUCGUCCAGAAAAAGAUGCUAGAAUUGUUAUGAAAUUUCCACUUUCUUUGGUUAAGUUGAUUGAGAAGAAACAUGGUCAAGCAUUCGAAGAUUAUAUUGAUUGCUCUGACUAUGCAGAUAUACUUACAGUGACAGGUGACAAGCUGAAGUUUCAGGCGAGUGUGUUUAAAACACUGUUUGAUACAUCAGUUAACAAAACCAUUCAACAUAUAGAACAUCUGUUACGAGAUGAGACAGCUCGGAUGAUAAACGUAAUUUUGAUGGUCGGUGGUUUCUCAGAGUCCCCAAUGUUACAGAAGGCGGUUCGGUCCGCCUUCCCGGGGAUCAAGGUUGUCAUACCUGUCGAUGCUACAACGUCAGUAAUGAGAGGAGCUCUAAUAUUUGGACACAGUCCCAAGUCAAUUACAGAGCGAGUUCUGAAAAACACCUAUGGAUUGAAAGCAAGCCUUAAUUUCAAAGAGGGUGUACAUCCAGAGGAACGACGAACAUCUUCCGAUAUUGGCGACCAGUGUUUCGGUGUGUUCAGUAAACAUGUUGAAAGGAAUCAGAUUGUUAAAGUAGGGGAAGCACAAAGUGAGCGUAAAUACAGAGCUGCGCAUGCCUGGCAAACCGAAUUACCAUUUAAGCUGUAUGCGUCUGAUCUUCAGAACCCGAAGUUUGUUGACGAAGGAUGUACCUAUGUUGGUACAAUGACUGUAGAACUGACCGAUCACGAUGGAGAUUUGGAGAGAUGGGUCUGGGUGUCUUUAACAUUCAGCGGAACUGAGAUCGAGGUACAAGCUAGAGAUGAGAAAUCUGGAAAAAGGACCAAAGCAACCCUUAAUUUUCUCGGAUAAAACCAAUAAUAAAUCACAUUGAAUAUUAUCCAUGAUCCCAAAGGACGGGAAAUAAAACACUGAGACUUGCAUUGAUAAGAACUGGAGAAUACAAAACUAUAUUUUUGAUCAUUGUGUCUAUCGGCUAGUUUCUGUAAGUGCUUUAGUUUUCCGAUUUCGUUACCCAGAAAUUAGGCAAAGGUUCGUCCACUUCAGCCAUAAAUACAUUCCUUCCGGGAUUGUUUAAGACCGGAUGUCGCUUUCUACCGUAUGUCAUACAAAAAUUAUACUCAUUUGAGUAAACCUUGUUUAUGAAAAAUGCCGAAUUCUCACUCUUUGAAAAUAUUAUUGGCUACACACGAGUUUUUAGUAGAUUGUUUAAAAAAAAACUGACUUUCAGACAUUAGGGGUUUCCUUAUGUUACUGCUCUAAAUCAAUUAAAGGCUCACUGUAACAAUUUAUUCCAAACUUUGACGAUUUCUACCAACACUUAGGGGUUAAAAUACCCCACCCACCCGAGUUACAUUUUCACCAGUUUUGAUAACUCAUAAAAUUAUCAAAGUUAAGGUAUUUUUAAUAAGACGUCAUGAAAUAAUUGUUUUUAUAUAUUUUCAUGAGAAAAGAUGAUACUUUGCAAUCAGUUUAGGUUAUAGUUAACGUGCAUACAAUUGUAAUACAUAUAAAUCACAUGCCGUUUCUCAGUCAGUCGAACCUAUUUGUGUUUCAUUCACAAAGGUUUGAGGUACCAAUAGUCUUCUUCUAUUUUAGAUGUCAAAGUAAGCUUACUUGUAUAAUGUUGACUUUAUUUGAUAAAGAUACUUUAAAAUGUAACAUACAUAACAGCUGUCACUCAAAUAUUCCACAUUGAAAAAUUAGCAACAUUGAAAACACUCCAACAAUUGCAUUUGUAAGCUGUUAAUUUGAAUAAACCAUGAUUGAACAUGCACGCAUGGCCAUUAUAAUUUUGUUGGACUUAACCCUGUUACUAUUCUCAAUUAUAAGAUGUCGACAAACUACAGUGGAACAAUGAUACCUCUUUCAGCAUCACUGUAAAAUAGCAUAGAUUAGCUUUAUGUCUUCUGCUUCAAACAUAUUGAUAUUAAACAGUAGAAUUGGUUACAGUGUGUGCGCAGUCUGAAUAUUUUGACUUUCACUCAAAAGAAAUGUUUAACAUGAGAUAUCUCAGAAUCAAAUAUACGUUACCUAAGUUUUAACGGUCACCUUUUCAGUUUCAUAUUUCGUGUAUUAAUAUUCCAGACGAAUGCAUAAAACAUGUUUACCGGCAUUGCAAAGCACCUACUCAGUCAGUUUUACAGCAUUACAUAGAUGAAAUGAAACAUGCAUUAUGAAACACACGUUACCAAGAUUACACAGAACAUUAAGUAACAUUAAAGCUAGGAUAGGUUGUGGGUUUCGAUGGACUGUUGUGGUUUCAAGAUAGAUUUUAUUUACAUUUUCGAUGCUUUUGUGGUUGAUAUUUUUGGAAGGUCAGGUAUGCAUUAUGUGCUCAAACUUGUUGAUGUAAUUCCAGAUGUAAUUAAACAUUUUACAUUUUGAACUUAUAGAACAUCAUACAUAUUCCGUACAACAUGGGUAGUGAAACAAAUGUCACUUUUGGUAAAACAUGUUUCUUAAAAUAGUUGUUUCUUUGACUAUAGUGAUUUUCAAAUAUCACUUAUACUGUGGGACGGAAUUACUGAAGUACGCAAUCAUAUUACAUUUCCUUAAUGAACUCAUUGUUUAUAUUGUGGUUGUCAAUUCUGAGUUCUUACUAAAAUUCAAUAUUCUACUUUAAAACUAUCAAGAAAUACAAACAAACUAGUUCAUUCAAAAGAUGAUGUAUUUCAACUGUUACAUAUAGAUUACAUCGGUAUGAAACUGUGUUUAAAACAUUAAGUCUAGUCACUGCCUUUAUCUAAAUUCGGUAACGUAUGUUUCAGAAUUACACAAGAGGACACAUUAUAACACCAAGGUACACCAUAUGAAAGAAAUAUACUCUACAAUUUUAUGUGAGAUGUUGCGAGAAGUCACAUUUUCGUAUCAGUAUCAGAAUAAGUUCAUCAUACAUGCAUAAAUGCAUAUGUACAUGUACAUACUUACAGAGUCUGCAUCAUUUGUUUGGAACACGCAAGUGGUGCAUUGAUGUCUUAUUUGUAAAAACACUUUAGUUAAGUGCUUUAUUCCGUAGUAAUGUCAUUACGCUACAAGCUAAAAUGGAUUGAAACAAACGUUACUUUAAAUAUCACUUACAACAAUACCAAUUAGUAUUACUCAUACGACCAAACAACAAACUGAUACGAUUCCAAGACUUGCUCAGUUUAUAGCUGUGAAGCUCUGUACACCUGUUCAUAAUGUCAAGCAAAUGCAUGACUAUAGAUGUAUUCAUGAUAGUUUGGUAAUAUUUCAGGGGCAUACGCAUUGAAAGGUUAUUGUUCAAGGAUAUUGAAGGGAUUUGGAUUUGUGAUAUAUCUGAAAUUUUCUAUUUUAAACAAAACAGAUAAAAUGUUCAAGCUCCACCAAAAUUACAUCAAUAUAUAUGUAUCAUCAACUGCUUUGAUAGGUUUGGAACUGUAUAUGCUUAUUACCGUUUGUGUAAUCAGAUAGGGCUUUAUCUUUUAAAAAGAGGCCGUAAAUACUUACUGAAUUGUGACAGAAAAACGCAAUUUGCAUUUAAACAUAAACUUUAUCAAUCCUUUCAAAUGUUUAAAAAAAACAUAACUGUUUGUACAAUGAUCUUUUUCACUUAACUUUUAAAAGAAAGUGACAAUUUCAUUAUAUGUUUGAUUCUCCAUUAUCGUUUUUUACUAGGAUAAACUGUAUAUGUAACAUCUAUCAGGCAGCCAUUCUGAUACAAAUUAAUAUAACAUUGUAGCUACAUUCAAAAUGCUUUGAAUGAAAAUAGAGAGUAACAUGAUUAGUUUUAUAAGAAAUAAAAGCAGCAUUUAAAUUAUAUCAAUGUAACGUCUUUUGCUGUAUACUGAAUACAUUUUGAAAAUGGCGCCAUCGCGAUUAAAACAAGAGAAGUAGCUAAUAUUGGUAACCUAGUUUCCAACUAAAAUUAUUUUUAAAAAAUCAGAUGACUUCUAUUACAGCAAUGAUAACUUAGAUCUUAUCCAUAUGUAUGCUUGAAAACUUAUUUCUGGCGGCCAGUUCAAAAAUGACAGGACAGUAUCGUUAUAAGAUUUAUCCGAAUAAACAAACUUCAAUCCCU